AAUUCUUCCUUACUUUCAAUCCUAGCCUACCUUCAAAAUUACACCGUGGCUCCGGCUGUGCUUUCCUCGCACCUUCAGCCCCUUUGCCAGCCAAGUUAACCCAGCCUGAGGAUGCGGUAGCCGGCCCCCGCGCUCCAUCGGUCCUCCUCCGCGGCGAUUGGCGUUUGGCGUUUCCCCGACGCUUCUCAGACGGUCGGUUCGCUAAACUUUGGGAUUGUCUUGUUUUUUGGGGGGGUCUCGGAGAGCAGCGGCGCACUGAGAGAAGCGACGGAGGAGUCGACGCGGGGGAGAGAGAGAGCAGGAGAGGAGAAAGGAGGGGGAGAGGGAACCACAGGAGUAGCCUCCAUGUUUCAGCUGCCCAUCUUGAAUUUCAGCCCCCAGCAGGUCGCCGGGGUCUGCGAGACUCUGGAGGAGAGCGGGGACGUGGAACGCCUGGGCCGCUUCCUGUGGUCGCUGCCCGUCGCGCCGGCGGCCUGCGAGGUCCUCAACAAGAACGAAUCGGUGCUGAGGGCCCGGGCCGUCGUCGCUUUCCACACCGGCAAUUUCCGCGAACUUUACCACAUUCUGGAGAACCACAAGUUCACCAAAGAGUCGCACACGAAGCUGCAGGCGCUGUGGCUGGAGGCGCACUACCAGGAGGCGGAGAAGCUGCGGGGACGCCCGCUGGGGCCGGUGGACAAAUACCGGGUGCGAAAGAAGUUCCCCCUUCCCAGAACCAUAUGGGACGGAGAGCAGAAAACCCACUGCUUCAAGGAGAGAACCCGGCACUUGUUAAGAGAAUGGUACUUGCAGGAUCCCUACCCGAACCCCAGUAAAAAGAGGGAGCUUGCACAGGCGACAGGACUCACACCCACACAAGUAGGAAACUGGUUCAAAAACCGCAGACAAAGAGACAGAGCGGCGGCCGCCAAGAACAGGUGAGAUACGCGCAUCUGCACGCUGUCUGCCUGCACAAAACCACUUAUUUACACGUAGUACAAAGAAAAAAGGUUCCCUGUUAUGUCAUUCAGAAUACAUUUAAUUUAAAGCAACAAAAACAAAUAGGACUGCCUUCAUUUUUGUGGGUUCAAAAUCACAUUAUUAUUACUUGUGUGUUCUGCAGUAAUAAUUGUUUAUAAUAUCUGUCAAAGCAGAUUUUUAAAGGUGGUUACCAUGUAGAAAAUAGUAGUUUUGUUGCAGUUAAUGUAAUAUUUCCUAAUAUUCUUCCUGUAUUUUUUGUUUAUUGUAAAAACAGACCUUUAAAUUAAAAUAACUCCUCAGCUGUGAAUAAAAUAAGCAUAAAUCUGCUGAUCAAUGAACACAAGGGUAAAGCCUUAUUAGAUUUUACUUUAACGCCAUUUAAUGUUUAGUGUCAGUCAUCUAUUUCAUUGAAGUAAAAGGUUAUCUUUAAAUGUGUUUUUACCAGAUAUUGGAUGAGGUGAUUUACAAUUAUAAGUGAAGCCAAUUUGUUGGAAGGUCGAGGUCACACUGCAGUUUGUCAUGUUCAAUACAUUUAGAUCAGCUCUUAUGCUUGUAGUGAGGUGUGAAUGUAACACACUUUUUUGCAUUUGUAUUAUCUCAAAACAUUAAAUUUUGCUGCUUGAGCAAAAAUAAUUUUACAAAAUAAAACAGAAUCUACACUUGGUGUGCUAAUUGUUUGUGAAUUGGUUUAUACUUUUUCACAAAGUGGUUAUGCAGAAUUAUUUCAUUGAGAUUUUUAGGGCUUAAAUUUGACAAAAAAAUUGAAGUAAACACAGCUGAAAGUAAAAAAGAUUAUAUGCUAAAUUGCAUCAUUGGAAGAUGUUGUUUUGCUAGCAGCAUAAUAGCUUUGAGUUAAUAAGAAAUAAUCAUGUAAAGGCAGAUUUUUGUGGGCUGAUAGCUAAACCAACCAGAAUGAAAAAUAUGAAGAUGUUAGAAGCUGAACGGUGACUCCUCUCCUCUGACAUUGUCUUCUUGUCCUGUACCCUCCCAGGCUCCAGCAGCAGGUCCUGUCCGGUGGCUCGGUUCGUUCUCUGGCAGACGAGGACGGCACCGUGGACCGUCUGGGCAACUCGUCCAGUCCGGAGGCCAGUCUUUCCAGCAAAGCAGCCGCCUCCGCCAUCUCCAUCACCUCCAGCGACAGUGAAUGUGACAUCUGACGGCCAUAAGACGAAGGGUGUCGAUGAAUUUACAGGGUGGAUGCGAUGCUAUACUGAGAGACAAUCUUAAUAAAAACAAGUCAUAGUGCCUGCGUUGAGUAACAAAACAACAACAACAACAACACAUAAACUGAUAUUUGACGGGUGCCAAAUCUGUGAUCUUCGGACUUUUAGGCCUAUAUUUUUGUUUACGUUUUACCCACGUGUGGAUAACAGAAGUUAACAUGGACGACAAAUAUUUGACGGACUAAUAAACCAACGAGCUGAGAUGAAAAGUAAAGAAAAGGAUUUUUUUAAUGUGGGAGGGAGGGUGGAGGCAUCCGAGCGCCUAACCUGCUGUUCUCUGUGGGUAUUUCAUGUUGAAAAAAAAAAAGAACUGUGAUAUUUUUACUUUACUUUCAAAGUUUUAUAAAUAAUGUUUAUUUGCCUAUUUAAAAGAAAAAAAACGAUCUGCUCUUGUCUCUUCGAAUUUCAUAUUCAUUUGCUUGGUGUUUUUAAUACUUACCUUGUACACAGGUGAACCUGUUGAGCAUGCGCGCUUUAGUGAAAAUGUGUUUCAGUAAAAGGAAAAAAAAAGAGAUAACUUAAUAAAAUAAUUGUUGAUCAAAUGCAA